AUGCUGCCUUCCCAGCAUCAGCCGAGGGCCAAAACCAAGUCGAUAUCCCAUUCCACGCAUCCUCCAGAUCCCAUGAAGCAGAAAUUGUCGGGUGUCAGCAGUUCUCGUGAAGAUAUCGGCCAAGACUUAUCUGCUUCUCCGUUCACGUCGUUUGACGCUGCACUUUCCUCUUGCAAGGAGUCUUUACUACAGAUGGUCCAAAACCGAGACUAUGAACAGCUCAAACAAAAUCUUCAGGCCAUGGAUUCUGUCAGGGAGCAAAUCGAACAGCAACUAGCAGCCCAGCGUGCAGAGGCCUUUUCCACACUUUUGGAGCAGAAGGACCUCUGGAUCACUGAUAUCCUUCCCCUUGUGGGGAUGGGACAGUAUGCCUUUGUUGGAGGGGUCAACAAACAGAUGAAGGAGCUCUAUGAGAAAUUAUGUUCUACUGUGAAGGAUGCUCCCCUUGUCCGCCAUCAGAACCAUAAGAAAAUUCCAGCAACCAGCAACCAGCACCGAUACCGUUCAUAG